AUGUCAUCUGCUAGAAAAAGAAGUUUGCUGUGGGAUGAAGUCGAACUUCUCUUUGUUAAAUCCAAGGUCUACUUGCAUCCCACGCCAUCGAAACGAGACAACAUCAGUGGGUUUCUCUCGUUGUCCCGCCCUGCCAAUUCGUCCAAUCUUGACAUAAUUUUGGCAUUCACGCCAGAGAAUCAGUUGUCUAGUGAAGACAGGAAGGUUUACGAACAGGUUGACGUUGAGGAUAUCCAGCUUGAUUUGGAAUCGUUGAGUCUUCAGCAUAGUCAACCCCUGAAGAAACGGGUCGACAGCCUGCGCAUCGUCAAGAAGCCUUCGGCAUCAGUCCUCUCUAGUUACUCAUUCAGUUCCGUUUUGUCGUAUGUGUACUCCAUCCAGUUUAGAAUCCCCUCCCAUGGGUAUUGGUAUGGCUCCAUUGUGGUCAACACUCAGGACGGGGACAAACUCCCCAUUAUGUUUUUCCAUGACGAUGAGUCGCCAUCCACAAUCAAAUCCAACAAACUCCAUAAUCAAAGGUUCGAUCCGUUUGGAAACGAAGGCGAAAUAUACUGGGGUGGCGUUGAUUUCCGCAAGGCCCUUGAGAAGGUCGUCAAUAUCCAGCGAUCAACCAUUGAACCGUCAGUAUACUUGAUCAACCCGCAAUCUACCGAUUUGCGUAACUUUGCUCCCUUCAAGACCAAGCAAACUCAACAGCCGCAACCACAGCAACCAGAAAUUGAAUUACCUUUUAAGCUUCCCGACGUCAGUAAAUUCAUUGCUACUGCUAAAUGGAAAGUGUUGGAAACCGUAGCGACAUUUGGUGCCAAGACUAGAAAUCAAGUGCUUGAUAUUAUUGAAGACAAUGCACCUAAGCCUUUGAAGGAAAUCAUGCGCCAACCGGAAGUGCAGCAGAUCGGCAAUGAUUUCGAAUCGGCCCGGAUUUACUUGGCUAAGUGGGCGCAACAGGUCAAAGAAGAGGCGGAGCGCAGUCAGAGCAAGUAUAUGCUUGAUUACGAUUUGUACAGCAAGAUUAAUCGUGAAUUAGGGUCUAGUGAAGUGCUCACGGACGAGGAAAUUAGUUGCACCAGUAGAAGAGCAGAGGUUUCUCGUCAGGAAUGGAAAUCGUUUUUCGACUUCAGUGGGAGAUUGUGUAUUACUGCUGACGAAGUCAAGGGUCGGAUUUUCCAUGGUGGGUUAGCUCCAGAUGUUAGACCGGAAGCAUGGUUGUUCUUACUAGGUGUUUAUCCCUGGGAUUCAUCCAGUGAGGAAAGAGAAGCACUUCAGAAUUCAUAUGAAAGUAGCUAUCAAGAGUAUAAAUUGAAAUGGGUUAACGACGAUGACAAGAGAUCUACCGAGUUUUGGAAAGAUCAGAAGUUUAGAAUUGAAAAGGAUAUUAACAGAACUGAUCGAAACUUGGACAUUUUCAAGAAUCCAAGAAAAAAAUCAAGAAGCUCAGGUGAGAGCAGUGGCAAGAGUCGUGAAUCAUCACCGGAAACCCCAGAUGAGGAAGAUUUCGAUGAUGAGUUUGAUAUCUCCAAUAUUCGUAAUCCACAUUUGUACAUUAUGCGAGAAAUCCUAUUAACCUACAAUGAAUACAAUGAGAAUUUAGGAUACGUUCAAGGAAUGACGGACUUGUUAUCGCCACUUUAUGUUACUUUUCAAGAUGAAACACUUACAUUCUGGGCAUUUGUCAAGUUUAUGGAUCGUAUGGAACGGAACUUUGUCCGUGAUCAAUCAGGCAUGAAGAAGCAAAUGAAUACCCUUAAUAAGCUUCUCCAAUUCAUGUUGCCUGACUUGUAUAAGCACUUGGAGUUGUGUCAGUCCAAUGAUCUUUUCUUUUAUUUUAGGAUGUUGUUGGUGUGGUUUAAGCGAGAAUUAGAAUGGGAUCAGAUGUUGAGAUUGUGGGAGAUAUUCUGGACCGAUUACUACUCCAGCCAGUUUCACUUGUUCUUUGCCCUUGCUAUAUUGAGUGAUAAUGAGCGGAUUAUCAUUGCUCAUCUCAAGCAGUUUGAUGAGGUGUUGAAGUAUAUGAAUGACUUGUCGAUGAAGCUCAAGUUGGAUCCAUUGUUGAUUCGUAGUGAAUUGUUGUUUUUGAAGUUCAAGCGGAUGUUGGAUAUUAUUGAUCGCGAUAACAGUUUGAAGAAGUUGAAGUCGGAUCCGUAUGCUGGUGAGUCAAGUAGUGCAGCGGUUGCUGCUGCUGCUGCUGUCAAUAAUGACGGAGUCAUUGUUGUGGGUGAUGAGUUGCGUGAGUUGUUGAAACAUGAAAUCAUCAUUCAGAAGGAAGUGGAAAGACCAGAAGGUGUAGGCGGUGGGUAG